AAAACAACAACAAAAAAACGAUCUCUAUGUUGUAGUUCUUGAACAGUUGGCUCUCUUUUCAAGAAUCGUCGCCGUUGACCUCCGUGCCUCUCCGAUCAACUUCCCAUUCUUUUAAAUGACGAGAGAUUCAUCAAGGAACAGCUCAUUAAAGCCAUGGCCUCGAAAAAAAUUUCUUUUUCCUUCUGUUGUGAUUGUCAUUGUUGGGAUAAUCGUGGCGUUUACUUAUCAGUCCAAGUUGAAACCACCUCCGCCGAAGCUAUGUGGCUCCUCCGGUGGUCCACCGAUCACAGCGCCGCGGAUAAAGCUUCAAGAUGGGAGGUAUUUGGCUUACAAAGAGCAUGGACUUCCAAGAGAGAAAGCUAACCGCAAAAUCGUCUUCAUCCAUGGAUCCGAUUGUUGUAGACACGAUGCCGUUUUCGCCACUCUGCUUUCUCCGGAUUUAGUAGAGGAACUAGGUGUAUAUAUGGUUUCAUUCGACAGACCGGGCUAUUGUGAGAGUGAUCCGCAUCCAAGUCGUACACCGCGAAGCUUGGUUUCGGAUAUUGAAGAGCUAGCUGAUCAGUUGAGUCUAGGAUCGAAAUUUUAUGUGCUCGGGUACUCGAUGGGAGGACAAGCAGCAUGGGGAUGUCUUAAAUACAUUCCUCAUAGGUUAGCCGGAGUAACACUAGUUGCUCCAGUGGUUAACUAUUAUUGGAAGAACUUACCUUUGAACGUUUCCACUGAAGGUUUUAACUUUCAACAAAAGAGAGAUCAAUUGGCAGUUCGUGUUGCUCACUAUACUCCUUGGCUUAUCUAUUGGUGGAACACACAAAAAUGGUUCCCUGGUUCGAGUAUUGCAAACCGAGAUCACAGUCUCUUGGCACAGCCGGAUAAAGAUAUCAUUUCGAAGCUUGGUUCUUCGAGGAAACCACAUUGGGCAGAGGUAAGGCAGCAAGGAAUACAUGAGAGUAUUAACCGUGACAUGAUCGUUGGUUUUGGGAACUGGGAAUUUGGUCCUUUAGACCUCGAGAAUCCGUUUUUGAAUAAGGAAGGCUCUGUGCAUUUGUGGCAAGGAGAUGAGGACAUGUUAGUACCUGCGAAGCUGCAGCGUUACCUUGCUCAUCAGCUUCCAUGGGUUCACUAUCAUGAGGUUCCGAGAAGUGGCCACUUCUUCCACUACACUAAAGGUGUAGUUGAUGACAUUGUAAAGUCGCUCUUAACCUCCGAUGUAAGAGCAUCUAGAGUUUGUAUUUGAUCAUUUGUAGCUUCCAAAAACUCUGAAAAAAAAUCCCAAAAAAAUACACGGAUACAAUAGAGUUAUGUACUAGUUACAUUUGUCAGCAUCGUAGUUUAUUUUUAUUUGGUUACACGUGUAAUUUAAUCGACCAAGCCUUCAUCAAUUGUCUUGUCAAGCUUAUCAUGUUCUUUAAUUUGAUCUUUUAGCAACAUGUGUUUGGUCUUUUUGUUUUAUAUUCUAUGUUAGUCUUUUAAUU